GUUUUAGACUAGCUCAUACAUCAACAAAGUUUACUAUACAGCACCAAGUAGUGCUAUGCAUGGGAUUAGACUUUUAGCCAGGUUUUAAUAAGGGGAGACGCAGACACCUGAGGUUGAUCUUCCUGUACAAGGUGGCGGAAGGGCACGUACCAGCCAUUGACAUUGACCAAUUUCGUAAAACUCAAAAGACCUAAAAGAACUACAAGGGCUAAAAAAUAAAUUAUGUUGCCACAAGGAAGGAUGAAUGUAAUGUGGAGGCUGGCACGAAGUUGCAGCACUAUAAGCAGCAGGGUAGCUGGGUUCCCGGCCAUUUCACAGCCUCUCAACUAUCUGGCUGGUGCCCGUGUUGAACCCUCUGACUCUUCUGCUCAGUUUAAUCUGCAGUAUCCCGCUACCGGUGAGGUCCUAAAGACUGUGGGAUGCAGUGGAUCUGAUGAUGUUCAUCGUGCAGUGUCCAAGGCUCGACAGGCACAGACGGGCUGGGCAAGAAUGUCCGGAUUCCAGAGAGGUCAAGUCUUGAAACGAGCAGCGGAUAUUGUCAGGAGUCGUAUGGAAGAGCUAGCUCAGCUGGAAACUCUGGACACCGGAAAACCCAUCUGGGAGGCGAGGUUUGACAUACAGGGCUGUGCCGACACCAUUGAAUACUAUGGGGGUCUCGCUUCUACUGUGACUGGAGACUUCCUACCCCUAUCAGAUGGGAACUUCUCCUACACGAUACGAGAACCACUGGGUGUGGUAGGAGGUAUAGGGGCAUGGAAUUACCCGUUCCAGAUGGCCUCUUGGAAGUCUUCCCCCGCCCUGGCGUGCGGCAAUACAUUUGUGUUCAAACCAUCUCAGUUUACCCCACUCACGGCAGUAGUGCUUGGGGAGAUUUAUAAAGAGGCAGGACUGCCUGAUGGAUGCUAUAACAUUAUACAGGGAGAGGCUGAAACUGGUCAGUUGCUUUGUAACCAUCCAGAUGUGGACAAGAUGAGCUUUACUGGCAGUGUUCCUGUGGGGUCAAAAAUCAUGGAGGCUUGUGCAAAGGAUAUCAAACAUGUGACACUGGAGCUUGGUGGAAAAUCUCCCCUGAUCGUGUUCGCAGACAGCCAUAUGGACAAUGCAGUUGGAGGAGCCAUGCUAGCCAACUUUCUUACCCAAGGACAGGUUUGUUCCAAUGGUACAAGGGUGUUUGUUCAGAGAUCCAUACAUGAUGAGUUCCUAGAGAAACUUGUAUCCCGGACCAAGAAAAUGAAGAUCGGCGAUCCAUUUGCUGAGGACACGACUGUUGGUGCUACCAUCUCGCGUCAACAAGCAGACAAGGUGUUGCAUUAUGUCCAGGCAGCAAGACACGAGGGGGCGAAGGUGGAGUGUGGGGGUGAGGAAGUGACCCCUGAACCCAGGUUUGCUGGUGGUCAGUUUCUGUCGCCAUGUGUGUUGUCUGGUUGCCAAGACAACAUGCAAGUGGUACGAGAUGAAGUAUUUGGCUCCAUAUUGUCUCUGCUCGUGUUCGAUGAGGAAGAAGAGGUUCUGGCUCGUGCAAAUGACACAGAGUUUGGGCUGGCGGGAGGCUUGUUCACAAAUGACUUAAAAAGAGCUCACAGAGUGAUCAGCAAGUUGAAGGCAGGGUCGUUGUACUUAAACAACUACAAUAUCUACCCAGUCGGGGUACCGUUUGGGGGAUACAAGAAAUCAGGCAUAGGGCGAGAAAACGGACCAGAGGCGAUUGAAUAUUACACCCAAGUCAAGUCUGUCUAUGUUGAAAUGAAUGAUGUAGAAGCUCCAUUUUAGCGGUUAUGGAAUUUGCCUAUUCUUUUCUGGGUUCCUUGUGCUAUAUAUAGAACACAUGUGUUAAAAUGAUCAUUCGAGAUUUUACAAGUUUUUAUCUGAAAUAUGCUUCAAGUUUAAGACCUAUUUUUCACUCAAUUAUUAAAAAGUUUAAAUAAAAUUAAUAAUUUUCAUUAAAAUUAUAAUUGAACAGACCAUUUUGACAACCUUCAGUACCAAUAGUGAUAUUGUUUUAUAUGCUUUUUUUGAUAAAACAGACCAUCUUUGUGGAAUUUUAUAAAGUGUGUAUUUGUAAUAAUGAGAAAUUGACCAACCCCAUCUUAAACUUUUAGACCCAUGGGGUCUGCCAAUUUUUUAUGUUUCUGUUUUGUUACAGG